AAUGGAAAACAGAUGGGCGCAUCUUGCGGAGUUAUGUGUCAGCCAUCCACGUGGACAGACAAAACUGAAUAAAUAAGGUCCCUGGAUGACGCUUGUCAGUAGCUGCUUGAAGAAUCAAGAUAAUGUUCUCAUACAACGUCUUCAUCCUAUUGACCGUCCUCGCGACACAUGCGGCAAGAGUAGUAGGGCAAUCACCUAGGUCACCAAGGUGUCCUGAGACAGGUGUCCUGCUCGAGAAACUCAACAACCUCACAACAGCUCUUACCUCCAUCGACACGGGGCUCAGCCGCGUCGAAGACAUCAUCGAUGAGCAAUGCCCUUGUGCUGAUAACUCGUCGGAAUGCUUUGAAGUACGAGUCACAAACUUCAGAGCUGAGUUGCAAGCGCUGUUGGCUGAUGUCGCGAAUGUCACAGGCGACGCCCCCACUGACUGUCCCGAACGUACUGGCGCCAUCUAUGUGGCCACAUGCGAUGGAACGGAUGUGCUUGCCGUGGAUCCCAAUGGUAUCUUUCAAAACGGUUUCUCAACAGAUGAGAACGUAACCAGAUGGUCUGUGUACGAAAACAACGCUGACAGCUAUGGAUACGAGUACUUUAUAAACAACCUGUUUCAGGCCAGAUGUCGCAGCGACCCAGCGAAAGUGGAGAUUGUUUUGGGUUCAUCAAGUGAUAGUCCUCUUACAGCCGACGCAGUUGGAACUGGCAUUGCGUACAACAAUGCUACAGACGAAGAUUUGGUUGCCAUUACCUUCGCCAAUCAGACUCUAAACGGCAUCUAUGCCUUCAAUAGGACCUCACCCGUAUCGAUUUCCUUGUAUGCCUCUUUCGAUGGCCCCACUGGUCUGCUGAAGGUGGCCGACGAUGGGACUGUGUACAUGACAUCUGGGCGCCAAGUCUAUACCAUUCCCUCUACCGGCAGUCCUGUGCAAGUAAUAUUUUGGUCGACGGAAAUUACUUCCUUCGAAGUACUGAGCAACGGGGUCAUCGUGUUCUGUGAAAGCUCUGGGGGAGUGUGGCGCAGGAACCCUGAUACAACACCAGUGUCGUUUCAACAGCUUAGAUUUCCAAAUUCUGGCCUCGUCUGCAGAUCAGUGGUAUUCAAUCCUUGCGAUGAUAGCAUCUACGUGGCAAGCAACGACAAUGCAGAUCUUGAGGUCUACAGCACAAGUAACUACCAGCUUGUAAAUAGACUGACGUACACGUCGUCGUCGGUGUCUGCGUGCCCGUCUAUUGCCGCAGAUCCAUCAUUCUGGCUCAACUUGGAUUGGAAGCCACGUGACCCAAACACAGUUAACUGCAAGAAGAAAAAAAACCGUGUUGAGGUAUUGCUUCGUCAAUAA